UCUCUUAUUUUCUCUCUCAUACAUUACUCUCCUUCUCUCUCUAAAAACUACAGUGUGUGGAAGAAGAUGCUUUGGUUUGAGGGAAGUUUCAUGGACUUCAACUCAAACUGAAAAAAGCUCACAAACCCCACUUCAGUUUUCAACACCCAUUUCAGGAACUUUGUUGUAUUAUCCAGUGUUGACUCCACAGCUUGUAUCUUGCAGCUACUGUUGUUUUUUUGUGAAAAGUUGUACUGCUUUGAAACUUCUCAAUGGAUCAUAAUUUGGGUCAAGAAUCUGUUCCUGCUGAUAAGUCCAGGGUUUUAAAUGUUAAGCCAUUGAGGACUCUUGUUCCGGUGUUCCCUUCACCGUCUAACCCUUCAUCGUCUUCAAAUCCACAAGGUGGUGCUCCUUUUGUUGCUGUUUCUCCUGCUGGUCCUUUCCCUGCUGGUGUUGCACCCUUUUACCCUUUCUUUGUUUCACCGGAGUCUCAGAGGCUUUCUGAACAACAUGCACCAAACCCAACUCCUCAACGUGCCACACCAAUAUCUGCUGCAGUUCCAAUUAACUCAUUCAAGACUCCAACUGCGGCGACAAAUGGAGAUGUUGGCUCGUCACGGAGGAAAAGCCGGACUCGUCGUGGACAGCUUACCGAGGAAGAAGGCUACGAUAAUACUGAGGUAAUUGAUGUAGAUGCUGAAACUGGGGGUGGGAGUUCAAAGCGCAAGAAGAGGGCAAAGGGACGACGAGCUAGUGGUGCUGCUACCGAUGGGAGUGGUGUGGCUGCCGUUGAUGUUGAUCUAGAUGCGGUUGCUCAUGAUAUUCUCCAAUCAAUCAACCCCAUGGUUUUUGAUGUAAUAAAUCAUCCUGAUGGUAGUAGGGACUCGGUGACAUAUACACUUAUGAUAUACGAAGUGCUCCGAAGAAAGCUUGGACAAAUUGAAGAGUCAACAAAGGACCUUCAUACUGGAGCAAAGCGACCUGAUUUGAAGGCAGGCAAUGUUAUGAUGACUAAAGGGGUUAGGAGUAACAGCAAGAAAAGGAUUGGAAUCGUGCCUGGUGUUGAAAUUGGAGAUAUUUUCUUUUUCCGAUUUGAGAUGUGCUUAGUGGGAUUACAUUCACCUUCUAUGGCUGGAAUUGAUUACCUGACUUCCAAAGCAAGUCAAGAGGAAGAGCCAUUAGCUGUUAGUAUUGUCUCCUCUGGAGGAUAUGAAGAUGAUACAGGCGAUGGGGAUGUGUUGAUUUAUAGUGGCCAAGGUGGAGUUAACCGUGAAAAGGGAGCAAGUGAUCAAAAGCUUGAAAGGGGUAAUCUUGCUUUGGAAAAGAGUAUGCAUAGAGGUAACGAUGUGAGAGUCAUUAGGGGUUUGAAGGAUGUAAUGCAUCCAUCUGGGAAGGUAUAUGUCUAUGAUGGAAUUUACAAGAUUCAAGAUUCAUGGGUGGAGAAAGCAAAAUCUGGAUUCAAUGUAUUCAAGUAUAAAUUAGCGAGGGUGCGUGGGCAGCCUGAAGCAUAUACGAUAUGGAAAUCCAUUCAACAAUGGACCGAUAAGGCGGCUCCAAGAACAGGGGUUAUAUUGCCCGAUCUUACUUCCGGGGCUGAAAAAGUCCCUGUUUGUCUUGUUAACGAUGUUGAUAACGAGAAGGGCCCUGCAUAUUUCACUUACAUCCCCACUCUCAAGAAUUUGAGGGGAGUUGCUCCUGUGGAAUCUUCAUUUGGUUGUUCUUGUAUUGGUGGGUGUCAACCUGGCAAUCGUAACUGUCCUUGCAUUCAAAAGAAUGGAGGUUACCUUCCAUAUACUGCAGCUGGGUUAGUUGCGGACCUAAAAUCCGUGAUACAUGAGUGUGGUCCUUCUUGUCAGUGCCCUCCUACUUGCCGAAAUCGGAUUUCCCAAGCUGGCCUAAAAUUUCGUUUGGAGGUGUUUAGAACUAGUAACAAAGGUUGGGGCCUAAGAUCGUGGGAUGCUAUUCGUGCUGGUACUUUUAUAUGUGAGUAUGCAGGGGAAGUCAUAGAUAAUGCUAGAGCCGAGAUGCUUGGUGCUGAAAACGAAGACGAAUACAUUUUUGAUUCUACUCGCAUCUAUCAGCAGCUGGAAGUUUUUCCUGCUAAUAUUGAAGCUCCAAAGAUCCCAUCUCCGCUUUAUAUCACAGCAAAGAAUGAAGGGAAUGUUGCUCGGUUUAUGAAUCAUAGCUGCUCUCCAAAUGUGUUGUGGCGUCCGAUUGUACGUGAAAAUAAGAAUGAACCGGAUCUCCACAUUGCUUUCUUUGCAAUUAGACACAUCCCUCCUAUGAUGGAGCUAACUUAUGAUUAUGGGAUAAAUCUUCCUCUCCAAGCAGGUCAAAGGAAAAAGAAUUGCUUAUGCGGAUCUGUGAAAUGCAGAGGUUACUUUUGUUAAUUGUCCGACGAGUAUUGGACAAAGUGGAUAGUACUUAAGGAUAAGCUCUAGUGAUGUCAGACGGCAGCAGGGAAAGAAUUAUUUAGAAGGAUGGUAGCAGCCCAACUUUUCAUUUUGGCAGUUGUAGUGAAUUGGCACAAGAAACAUUUGGUUUUCUACUUUUGGAAAGUUGACUGUAAUUUUGUAAGACUCGUUAUGUGUAAGUUGUUUCUUUUUGGCUGUUAGCUUGUCUGCUACUUCUCUUGGGAAGGAUUUGAAGCAGAUUCUUUUAGUCCAUUUGGUAAGGAUGAACUUAACAUGUAGAAUCAGAUAGUUAGCUUGCUGUCAUCAUUUCCAGAAUUCAUUGUGACAUGUUUUUUUUUGUAUGUAUGGAUUAUGCAUGUUUCUGUUUAAAAUUAAGUCUUGAAGCAUAGGUCUUGUAUGAUGGAUGGUUCUGAAUGGUUCAAGUGGAAUUAGAUUCAGAUUCCUUGAUUAA